AAUAACUUGAAGCAUAUUGUACUUAAGUGAUCAAAGAUGGCUACAAACAGGUCGAGCAUCAUUUUAUUUGUAGCAUUAAUGGUUGCUGCAAUAGCUUCUUCAGUUACUGCCAAGGAUUUCAUUGUUGGUGAUGAUAAAGGUUGGACCCUCAACUUCGAUUAUCAAGCUUGGGCUUAUGGCAAGAAGUUCGUCGUUGGUGAUAAACUGAUUUUCAACUAUGCUGCUGGAAAACACAAUGUCUUCAGAGUCAAUGGAACAGUUUUCCAACAGUGUAUGAUUCCUCCUGUUAACGAAGCUCUCACUACUGGAUACGACGUCAUAACCCUUCAAACACCUGGCAGAAAAUGGUAUAUUUGUGGAGUUGGAAAACAUUGUGAGCAAGGUGGUAUGAAGCUUUUCAUCACUGUUCUCCCUCAAUCAACACCACCCCCAGCUCCUUGGGUCUCUCCUGUUCCAUCAAGCAAGGUGUUUGUGGUUGGUGACGAUAAAGGAUGGACCUUGAACUUUGAUUACCAAGCAUGGGCCAAGGGAAAGCAAUUCUUUGUCGGGGAUAAACUUGUCUUCAGAUACACUGUGGGAAAGCAUAAUGUGUUUAGAGUAAAUGGAACUUCCUUCCAGCAAUGUACUAUUCCGGCUGCUACUAAAGCUCUCACAAGUGGAUACGAUGUGAUCACCCUCGAUACCCCUGGAAGGAAAUGGUAUGUUUGUGGUGUCGGAAAACACUGUUUGAAGGGACUGAAACUUUUCAUCAAUGUACUCCCCCUGUCAACAUAUCCUCCUCCUCCGUACUAUGGAGCACGAAAACUUGCACCACCAAAAUUCUAGGUUGCAAGGAUUGCCUCCUCUUAAUUAUGUUGUUGACAAUGAUGUGAUGUCUUUGUUAUGGUCUCAUGAAUUAUGAUAUUUAUCAUAUUCAUGUCUUUUUUCGUAUUUUUUUGGUAGUAUCUAUUGGCUGGAGCCAAUUUGUUCCCGCGUGUGGCACCUUUUAUAGUAUUAUUAAGACUCAUUCCUGUGAUUCAGAAAUAUAUUAUAUAUACUCUCUUUUUCAAAAUGAUGGACUUAAUUGACCAUUCCAAGUCAGUAUGUUUAAUUA